ACGAAAACACACGCGCAGACUGGAAUUGCUUCCGCUUUUAUUCCCAUGGCAACCGAAAUGUUUGGCCACCGCUCAGGCAACAAACUUGAGUUGGCUUAGCUUGACAUGUAGGGUCGGGAAAUACGAACACUGGCUCUCAACAGCAGCGUAGAUGUCCGACAUGCCUACCUCAGCGGACGCAGUGAAACCCACCUCGGGAAGUGGACGGAGCAAGCACGUCGUCCUUCCCCCCAUCCCAGACGCGGCAGGGCAGGCGGGGAGCGUCGCGUCCAGCACGGAGCCCAGAACAGCGGUGCGGAGCAAACUCCUGCGCCACUCAAGAGGGAAACAGCAGCAGUACGAACUGCGGAAAAUGAUGGUCGCCGGUGCACUGCAAGCAUAUAAGCAGGCCAAGGACGCAACCCCGGUCGCUCCUUCUCUCCCGAAAUUUAAGUUCGCCCCAACGAUGACCAAUGAAGAAAGGAAACGACAAAUGAACUACACGUUCCUGAAGCAGUGCGUGGAGAGGAGCCCCAUCAUGCCCAUCCAGCAGCAGUGGCUGGACGCCACCCUGAGCCGUGUGCCCUCGCCGCUCCGCCAUGGCCCCGGCCGACAGGAGCUGCUGGAGGAACUGUGUCGUGAGGUCAGCGAGGAAUUCCUCCAUGUCAUGGUCAAGCACACGGUCAACAGUUUUCUAAUAAAGCCUCAAAUAAAGGGCACCGACCCAGCCGUGAAAAGUCCACCUUUAGCCAAGACUCUUGAUUUUUCCAGACCUUGGCACAGCAGCUUUGUCAAGAGUCGAAAGAAGAUAGAAGAGAAUUUGCACAUCUUGCACCCAGUCAUGAAAAUAAUUUUGGAUAUUUGUCAUGUGACAUUCUCUCAACUGCUUCUGGUUGAUCUGUCAGGCUGUCGGUCAAUGGGGCCUGUGGACUGUGAGAACCUGAAGAACAAAGUGGCCGUGGAGUGUGAGCGAAGCGAGAAGAAGCUGAUGAACACCUGGUUCCUAAAUGUCAUCCAUCUGAUCACCAGCAAAGACACUGUGCAAGGAAUCCGGGCAGGAAAGCUGGAGGCCUUUAACACCUGCGCGUCAACACUUCUCUCCAAUCAGUUGAAGGCCCUGCUUGAGAGAAAUGUGCAGGCGUUUGUCAGCCUGUUUGAGCCCCUCGAUACACACAAGCUCCCCCUCUUCAGGAUGCACCUGACCUUCGAUGAUGAGAAGAUGGAUUUCUAUCCCAGCGUUCAGGAAAUUGAAGACGUGGUGUUACAGAUUCUCAGUUUGAUCACCAAUACAAUGCAGAAAGUCCAAACAGUUCGGUCCUGGCAGGCAGAGGCCAAUAAAUCACUAGUUGAUGCCAAACUUGCAGAGCACAUUCUUACAUGGGCUCGGAACACACUGACGAACUCUGUCCGUAAAAACCUGGAAGCUCCUCGCAGACACUUUCAGUAUUACUUUGACAACUAUGAUUGGCUAGUUAAUGGAACAGCACAGGCUCGGGUAAAGAAGUUUCUAGAGGAGGAGCACAGCUUUGAUCAAUAUGCUGGGCAAGUGGAGGAGUUCCGUGCAGUGUCCCGAGAGAUCUCCAGUCUCCCCUCACUGAUUCAUUUUGACAUGAUCUACUUGGACUGUGAGGAACUCAAACAAGGGCUGGCAAAGAAAGCCAAGACUUUCGCUCAGGAUCUUUUACAGCGAUUGAUCAGCACACACCGUGAACACUGUCUCCAAAUCUGUAAACAGUUUGAGACUAUUCAGGAUAAGGCUAUAAAAAUCCCAGAGACAACAGAGGACAUGGUGGAGAUGAUAUCUUACAUUAAUCAUGCAAAGAACAAGGGAUUAGAAGAGCUCAGUAGCGAGAUAUCGGAAAUGCAUAACAGGUUGAAUUACCUACUAGAUGUACACUUAUUUGAUGCAGAAGACUUGGAGCUUAAUUCUAGAGUUUUGCUGUGUCCACAAAAUAUCACCCCAAUCUUUGAUCUCAAUGAUGAGGUGCUGGAGAAGGCCAAGCAGAAAGGAGAACAGGAGCUUCAGGUCAGGAGGGAGAAACUGAUGUUGGAGCUGGAGAAACUCAGCCGAAGGGUGGAGGAGUUUGCAGAGUGCUCAGAGCUGGAAAUGAUGCAACAGUAUGUGACAGAAAUAAGGACAGUGCAGAAGAGGCUUCAGGAAGCCGAGGAGUCUGUAGUCUUCAUCAACAAAGAAGAGGCCCUUUACAAGUGGGACCAAACUGCUUAUCCAGAGGUCGAGGUCCUCAGGGAGAACACUGAACCUUAUCAGAAGCUCUUUGGGCUUGUGCUGAAAUGGCAGCGCACUGAGAGGAGGUGGAUGGAUGGGUCCUUCUUAGAUUUGAAUGGCGAGAGCAUGGAAGUGGAGGUGGAUGAGUUCUACAGAGAAAUCUACAAGAUGUUGAAGCUCUUUCAGCAGAAAGAGAAGAAGAUGGACCAGGAGAAAACAGCAGCAGUAAAGAGAAGGUCUGGAGAGGGAAGUGAAGACAAGCAGGAGAGUCCUACUGCUCUUAUCUGCAGCAGCAUCAUGGAACAAAUCAAAGAUUUUAAGGAACACGUCCCAAUGGUGUCAGUAUUGUGCAAUCCAGGAAUCAGGGCACGGCACUGGGAACAGAUGUCUGAGAUUGUGAACUACGACCUGACGCCUAACUCGGGGACCACCCUACGCAAAGUCCUCAAACAGAACCUCACUGCUUACAUGGAACAGUUUGAAACCAUCAGUGCUGCUGCCAGCAAAGAAUUCUCUCUGGAGAAAGCUAUGCAGAAUAUGGUGGAGCUCUGGGAUACUGUGUCAUUCCACCAUCAUGCAUACAGGGAGUCUGGCGUAUCGAUUCUCACUGCCGUGGAUGAGAUUCAGACCAUGCUGGAUGACCAGAUAGUGAAAACCCAGACCAUGAGGGGCUCCCCCUUUAUCAAGCCUUUUGAGACAGCCAUUAAGGCCUGGGAGGAGCGUCUGAUCCGUAUCCAGGACACCAUAGAUGAGUGGCUGAAGGUGCAGGCCCAGUGGCUCUACCUGGAGCCCAUCUUCAGCUCGCAGGACAUCAUGCAGCAGAUGCCUGAGGAGGGACGCCUGUUCCAGAUGGUGGACAGGACCUGGAGAGAAGUCAUGAGACACUGUGUGAAGGACUCAAAGGUUUUAGCUGCAACAUCACUACCAGGCUUACUUGAAAAGCUUCAGGACUCAAACAACCUUCUGGAGCAAAUUAUGAAAGGACUGAAUGCUUACCUUGAAAAGAAAAGGCUAUUCUUUCCACGCUUCUUCUUCCUGUCGAAUGACGAGAUGUUGGAGAUCCUCUCCGAGACCAAGGACCCUCUGCGCGUGCAGCCUCAUUUGAAGAAGUGUUUUGAGGGCAUCGCCAAGCUGGACUUCCUGCCCAACAUGGACAUCCAGGCUAUGUACAGCAGCGAGGGGGAGCGUGUGGGCCUGAUCCAGCCCAUCUCCACUUCAGAGGCACGGGGGGCAGUGGAGAAGUGGCUGGUUCAGGUGGAGGAUGUGAUGGUGCGGAGCAUCCGCCACGUGAUUGACUGCUCCAGGCUGGCAUACCCAGAGACCAAGAGGAAUCAGUGGGUUCGUGAGUGGCCCGGCCAGGUGGUGCUCUGUACCUCUCAAAUGUACUGGACCCUAGAGGUGCAUGAAGCCAUCAGGAGUGGGCCUGGCGGUCUAAAGAACUACUAUGACCAGCUGCAGAGCCAGUUAAAGGACAUUGUGGAGCUGGUCAGGGGAAAACUGCCCAAACAGACUCGCACUACUCUGGGAGCACUGGUCACCAUAGACGUGCAUGCCCGUGAUGUUGUCAUGGAAAUGAUUCAGAAAGGGGUUUCUCAUGAGACAGACUUCCAGUGGCUAGCCCAGCUGCGGUACUACUGGACUAAUGACAAUGUCCGCGUCUGCAUCAUAAACUGUGACGUCAAGUAUGCUUAUGAGUACUUGGGAAAUUCUCCUCGCUUGGUCAUCACACCUUUGACAGAUCGAUGCUACCGAACUUUGAUCGGAGCAUUUUACCUGAACUUAGGUGGGGCUCCUGAGGGCCCUGCUGGAACAGGCAAGACGGAAACCACUAAAGACUUGGCCAAAGCCCUAGCUGUGCAGUGCGUGGUUUUCAACUGCUCUGAUGGCCUGGACUACCUAGCAAUGGGGAAGUUCUUUAAAGGGCUGGCGUCCUCGGGUGCAUGGGCCUGUUUCGACGAGUUUAACCGCAUCGAGCUGGAGGUGCUGUCUGUGGUCGCCCAGCAGAUAUUGUGCAUCCAGAGAGCCAUUGAGAUGAAGCUGGAGCUCUUUGAUUUUGAGGGCACAGAGCUUCGCCUCAACCCCAACUGUUUUGUAGCCAUCACCAUGAACCCUGGAUAUGCUGGAAGGUCUGAGCUUCCAGAUAACCUUAAGGUUUUGUUCAGAACUGUUGCAAUGAUGGUUCCAAACUAUGCCCUUAUCGCAGAGAUCUCUCUGUACUCCUUUGGCUUCUUGAAUGCUAAGCCACUUUCAGUGAAGAUAGUUAUGACCUACAGGCUGUGCUCUGAGCAACUGUCCUCCCAGUUUCACUACGACUAUGGCAUGAGAGCAGUCAAAGCAGUACUGGUGGCAGCAGGAAACCUCAAACUUAAGUUUCCAAAUGAAAAUGAAGAUAUUAUUCUUCUACGGUCUAUCAAGGAUGUGAAUGAGCCCAAGUUUCUAUCCCAUGACAUUCCUCUCUUCAAUGGAAUCACCAGUGACCUCUUCCCUGGUGUCUCUCUCCCUGUGGCUGACUAUCAGCUCUUUCUGGCUUGUGCUCAUGAAUGCUGUAAAAACCACAAUGUCCAGCCUGUGAACGUUUUCCUGGAUAAGAUGAUCCAGACCUAUGAGAUGAUGAUCGUGCGUCAUGGCUUCAUGCUUGUUGGUGAUCCGUUUGCUGGCAAAACCAAAGUGCUCCAUGUGUUAGCUGACACCCUCACACUCAUGAAUCAGAGGGGUUACAACGAAGAAGAAAAAGUCCAGUACCGCACUGUCAACCCUAAAUCCAUCACUAUGGGCCAGCUCUUCGGCCAGUUUGACCCCGUGUCCCACGAGUGGACAGAUGGGAUUGUGGCAAAUACAUUUCGAGAGUUUGCCUCAGUAGAUACCCCGGACAGGAAGUGGGUGGUGUUUGAUGGACCCAUAGACACACUUUGGAUCGAGAGCAUGAACACUGUUCUGGAUGACAACAAAAAGCUGUGUCUUAUGAGUGGAGAAAUUAUCCAGAUGUCCAACCAGAUGAGUCUGAUUUUUGAGGCCAUGGAUCUGUCUCAGGCCUCACCUGCCACGGUGAGCCGCUGUGGAAUGAUCUACAUGGAGCCGUCUCAGCUGGGAUGGCUUCCUUUGGUGCAGUCCUGGCUAAACACGUUGCCACAACCUCUGCAGACCCAGGAGAAUUCCACAUUGUUGCUUGAGCUGUUUAAUUGGCUGGUUCCCCCAUCACUCAAGAUGUUAAGAAAAAACUGUAGGGAGGUUGUUUCCACCAGUAACAGCAGUACAGUUGUUUCUCUUACACGACUCUUUGAAAUGUUGCUUACGGACCCUGCAACUGAAGAACCUGGUAACAAGAAUAUACACACAUGGAUCAUGGCGGCAUUUGCCUUUUCCUUGGUGUGGUCUGUUGGUGGGAGCUGUGAUGGAGAUAGCCGUGAAAGAUUUGAUGAGUUUAUCAGGGAAAUCCUAGCAGGAAAAUCAAAAGAGCACCCCAUCCCAGCAACUGUUUCAAAAUGGGAAUGCCCUUUUGAUGAAAAGUGUCUUGUUUAUGACUACUCCUAUGAGUUCAAAGGAAAAGGCCGUUGGGUUCACUGGAACGAAUCAAUAAAAAACGUCACAUUAGGGGACAAAAACACCAAAGUGCAGGACAUCAUUGUCCCUACAAUUGACACAGUGCGCUACACCUACUUGAUGGACCUCUGCAUUAACUAUGGCGUGCCUCUGCUUUUUGUUGGUCCCACUGGCACUGGAAAGUCUGUUUAUGUAAAGGAGAAACUGAUGAACCAUCUUGACAAGGAUCGCUACCUUCCCUUUUUUAUCAACUUCUCAGCACGCACUAGUGCGAACCAGAGUCAGAAUAUAAUUAUGUCCAGGCUGGAUAAGAGAAGAAAGGGGGUAUUUGGACCGCCCAUGGGAAAGAAAUGCAUAAUUUUUGUGGACGACAUGAACAUGCCGGCAAUGGAAGUGUUUGGGGCACAGCCCCCUAUUGAGCUGCUUCGGCAGUACUUUGACCACGGGAACUGGUAUGACCUAAAGGACACAACGAAAAUCACCCUGGUUGAUCUGCAGCUGAUCUCAGCCAUGGGUCCCCCUGGUGGUGGGAGGAAUGCAGUGACCCCUCGUUUCCUGCGCCACUUUAACAUCUGUAGCAUCAACGCAUUCAGUGAUGACACUAUGUCACGCAUAUUCUCUACUGUGGUAGCCUCCUACUUCCGUAACAAUGGCUUCCCACCUGACUGCUUCACCAUUGGCAGCCAGAUAGUGGCUGGUACUCUAGAGGUUUAUAAAAAGGCGAUGGAAAACCUGCUUCCCACCCCAACCAAGUCUCACUACACGUUCAACCUGCGGGAUUUCUCCCGAGUGGUGCAGGGAUGCCUGCUGCUGAGGAAAGAAUCUCUGGAGAGCAAGCGUACCCUGAUCCGCCUGUUCGUCCACGAGGUGUUCCGCGUUUUCUACGAUCGGCUGGUGGAUGACCAGGACCGAGCCUGGCUCUACACACUCAUGAAUGACAUUGUAAAGGUGCACUUCAGGGAGAGCUUUGAUGUGGUCUUUGAGCACCUGAAGAUUGGGGAAAGGUCUCUCUGCGAGGAGGAUAUGAGGAACUUGUUAUUUGGAGACUACAUGACCCCUGAUGUAGAUGCCAGUGAAAGACUAUAUGCAGAGGUCCCCAACAUGGAGCGCUUCAGUCAGGUGGUGGAGUCUUGCCUGGUGGAGUACAACCAGACACACAAGAACUGCAUGAACCUGGUCAUCUUCCGUUACGUCCUGGAGCACCUGUCGAGGAUUAGCCGCAUUCUGAAGCAGCCGGGAGGAAAUGCUCUGCUGGUGGGCGUUGGGGGAAGUGGUCGCCAGUCCAUCACCAGGCUGGCCACCUUCAUGGCUGACAUGAUUCUGUUCCAGCCUGAGAUCUCCAAGAACUACGGCAUGACCGAGUGGAGGGAUGACCUCAAGGGUCUGCUAAAGAAAGCAGGUGUGAAGGGUCAGAAAAUGGUGCUCCUGCUCACAGAUGCCCAGAUAAAAGAGGAGGCCUUUUUGGAGGAUGUGGACAGUGUCCUUAACACAGGGGAGGUUCCAAAUAUAUUCGCUGUGGAUGAGAAGCAGGAGAUCAUGGAGGCCGUGCGGCCCAUCGCCCAGGCUGGCAACAAGAUUUUGGAAUUCAGCCCCUUGGCUCUGUUUGCCUACUUUGUGAAUCGCUGUAGAGAGAACUUGCACAUAGUGGUGGCAUUCAGUCCAAUAGGGGAUGCUUUCAGAAACCGCCUCAGACAGUUCCCCUCUCUUAUCAACUGUUGCACAAUCAACUGGUUCCAGCCUUGGCCUGAAGAGGCACUGGAGCGAGUGGCCAACAAGUUCUUAGAGACAGUGGAGAUGAGUGACCACGAGCGGCGGGAAGUUAUGCUGAUCUGCAAGACUUUCCAUACUUCUGCUCUUCAACUGUCCACGAGAUUUCUGUCAGAGCUUGGUCGCCAUAACUAUGUGACUCCUACUUCUUAUUUGGAGCUCAUAGCAGCAUUCAGACUGCUGCUUAGUCAGAAACAAGACACUGUAAUGAAGGCUAAGAAAAGAUAUACUAAUGGACUGGACAAACUGGCUUUUGCUGAAUCUCAGGUGGGUGAAAUGAAGAAGGAGCUUGUAGACUUGCAGCCAAAACUGGAAAAGGCCAAGAUUGACAACAGAAAAAUGAUGGAGGUGAUAGAGGUGGAAUCCGUGCAGGUGGAAGCUAAGAGUAAAGUUGUGCGCGUGGACGAAGAGGCAGCCACUCAGAAGGCCAACGAAGCUCAGGCUCUGAAGAACGAGUGUGAGAGUGAUCUUGCCAAGGCCAUCCCUGCACUAGAGGCUGCGCUCUCUGCUCUUGACACACUGAAGCCCUCUGACAUUACAAUUGUAAAGUCUAUGAAAAACCCUCCAUCUGGUGUUAAGCUGGUGAUGGCAGCAGUGUGUGUAAUGAAGGACAUCAAACCUGAGAAGAUCAAUGACCGUGCUGGAACAGGACAGAAGAUUCUGGAAUAUUGGGGUCCAAGCAAGAAACUGCUUGGAGACCUGAAUUUCCUCAGAGACCUAAAAGAAUAUGACAAGGACAACAUUCCUGCACCGGUCAUGCACAAAAUCCGUAGUGAAUAUAUGACCAAUCCUGACUUUGACCCGACUAAAGUGGCCAAGGCCUCCUCUGCAGCUGAGGGCUUGUGCAAAUGGAUCACUGCCAUGGAAGUUUAUGACAGAGUAGCAAAGGUCGUGGCCCCUAAGAAGGCUAGCCUGGCUGUGGCUCAGCAGUCUCUGGCCACCACUAUGGCCCUGCUGAAUGAGAAGAGGGCUGAGCUCAAGGAGGUGGAGGACCGCCUGGCCUCUCUGCAGAAGACAUUUGAGGAGAAGACUGAGGAGAAGGCUCAGCUAGAGUUCCAGGUGGACCUCUGUGCCCGCAAGCUGGAGAGAGCCGAAAAGCUCAUCGGGGGCUUGGGUGGAGAAAAGACCAGGUGGUCAAAAGCAGCAGAUGACCUUCAAAACACCUAUGACAAUUUGACAGGUGAUGUGCUGAUCUCAGCUGGUGUGAUUGCUUAUCUCGGGGCCUUCACUGCAGGCUUCCGUCAGGACUGUACUAAAGAGUGGACCAAGCUCUGUAAGUCCAAGAAGAUCCCGUCCUCAGAUUACUUCUCUCUGAGUAAAACCCUUGGUGACCCAAUCAAGAUCAGGACCUGGAACAUCUCUGGCCUUCCCACCGACAGCUUCUCUAUCGACAAUGGGGUCAUAGUGAGCAACUCCAGAAGAUGGCCGUUGAUGAUUGACCCACAGAGUCAGGCCAACAAGUGGGUCAAAAACUCAGAGAGGGAGAAUAAUCUGAAUGUGAUCAAGCUUACCGAUGCAGACUACAUGAGGACCCUGGAGAAUUGCAUCCAGUUUGGUACUCCCUUACUGCUAGAGAAUGUGGGAGAGGACCUGGACCCAUCCUUAGAGCCCCUAUUGCUCAAACAGAUAUUCAAACAAGGAGGUAUGGACUGCAUCAGGCUGGGGGAGAGUGUGAUCGAGUAUUCUAGUGAUUUCCGCUUCUACAUCACCACUAAACUAAGAAACCCUCAUUAUCUGCCUGAGCUGGCUACCAAAGUGUCUCUGCUCAACUUCAUGAUCACUCCAGAGGGCCUGGAAGACCAGCUGCUAGGCAUUGUGGUGGCUAAGGAGAGGCCAGAGUUGGAGGAGGAGCGGAAUGCCUUAAUACUACAAUCUGCUGCCAAUAAGAAACAGCUGAAAGAGAUUGAGGACAAAAUUCUGGAGACUCUGCAGUCCUCAGAGGGGAACAUCCUGGAGGACGAGAGCGCUAUCCAGAUCCUGGACUCCGCUAAAAUAAUGUCUAAUGAGAUCUCCAAGAAACAGCAGAUUGCAGAGAAGACUGAGAUCGAGAUAGCGGAGUCAAGAGAAGGUUACAGAGCCAUUGCCAAGCACUCUUCCAUCUUGUUUUUCAGCAUCGCAGAUCUCACAAACAUUGACCCCAUGUACCAAUACUCACUCAACUGGUUUGUCAACCUCUAUAUCAACUCCAUACAGGACAGCAACAAGUCUAAGAUUCUAGACAGGAGAUUGAGGUACCUAAUUGACCACUUCACCUACAACCUCUAUUGCAACGUGUGCCGGUCUCUCUUUGAGAAGGACAAGCUGCUUUUCUCCUUCCUGCUCUGCUCUAAUUUGCUACUGGCUAAGAAGGAGGUUGAGUACCCGGAGUUCAUGUUCCUGCUCACGGGCGGCGUGGGUCUACAGAACGAUGUCCCAAAUGCUGACCCCAGCUGGCUGCAAGACAGAAGCUGGGACGAGAUCUGUCGAGCCAGUGACCUGCCUGGCCUGCAGGGCCUCAAGGAGAGUUUUACCAAGACACCUGGGGACUUCCUGCCUAUUUAUGACAGCAAGGAGCCUUAUAACACUCCACUGCCAAAACCAUGGUGCGACAAACUCAAUGAAUUUCAAAAAAUGAUCAUCUACCGUUGCCUUAGACCAGACAAAAUUGAACCAGCCAUUGCUAAUUAUGUGACUGACAAACUUGGCAAAAGGUUUGUUGAACCACCCCCAUUUGAUCUGAGUAAGAGCUACAAUGAUUCCAACUCUACUAUACCACUGGUCUUUGUGCUGUCUCCUGGAGCAGACCCUAUGGCCAGUUUGCUGAAGUUUGCAAAUGACAAGAACAUGGGUGGCACCAAGUUCAAGUCGAUCUCACUGGGUCAGGGCCAAGGCCCUAUAGCUGUGAAGAUGAUCUGCUCAGCAAUGAAGGAGGGCACAUGGGUGUGCCUGCAGAAUUGUCACCUGGCUGUAUCUUGGAUGUCCAUGUUAGAGAAGAUUUGUGAGGACUUCAGCCCAGACACGUGCCACCCAGAUUUCCGCCUGUGGCUCACUAGCUACCCCUCCCCCAUGUUCCCAGUGACCAUCCUGCAGAACGGGGUGAAGAUGACGAACGAGCCGCCUACAGGCCUUCGGCUGAACCUGCUGCAGUCCUACCUAACUGACCCUGUCUCUGACCCCGAGUUCUUCUCAGCAUGCCCAAACAAAGAAUUGGUUUGGGAAAAGCUUCUCUAUGGCCUUUGCUUCUUCCAUGGCCUUGUCCAGGAGAGAAAGAAGUUUGGACCAUUGGGUUGGAACAUUCCAUAUGGAUUCAACGAAUCAGAUCUGCGGAUCAGUAUCAGACAGUUGCAGCUCUUUGUGCAGAAGUAUGAGGAGGUUCCCUUUGAGGCCAUCUCUUAUCUGACUGGAGAGUGUAACUACGGGGGCCGGGUCACAGACGACUGGGAUCGCCGUCUCCUUCUCACCAUCUUGACCGACUUCUAUAACCAGGACAUCAUCGAGAACCCCCGUUACACAUUUUCCCCCAGCGGCAAAUACUACGCACCUCCAAAGUCCACUUACGAAGACUAUGUGGAGUUUAUCAGGAAUCUGCCCUCUUCUCAGCACCCAGAAGUGUUUGGUAUGCAUGAGAACGUAGACAUCUCUAAAGACCUGCAGCAGACCAGGCUGCUCUUCGACUCCCUGAUCCUGACUCAGGGAGGAGGCUCAAAGGGAGGAAGCAGCUCUGGAGGGGACAGCAUUCUACUGGACAUUUCCAACGACAUCCUCUCUAAACUUCCAGAGAACUUUAACAUCGAGUCUGCCCUCGCCAAAUACCCGGUGUUAUACGAAGAGAGCAUGAACACUGUCCUUGUACAAGAGAUGGAACGAUAUAAUAAUUUGUGCAGCACCAUCCGUGUGAGCCUUCAGAGCCUGCUGAAGGCUAUUAAGGGGCUGGUGGUGAAUGGAGCCGAGCUGGAGGCCGUAGCUGGCAGCCUGCUGGUGGGCAAAGUGCCAGAGAAGUGGGCCAAGCGCUCUUACCCCAGUCUUAAGCCCCUGGGCAGCUACAUCACUGACUUGCUCGCCAGGCUCAAAUUUCUGCGGGACUGGUAUGACACCACCAAGCCCCAUGUCUUCUGGCUGUCUGGAUUCUUUUUUACCCAAGCCUUCUUGACAGGAGCCAUGCAGAACUAUGCCAGGAAAUACUCUAUUCCAAUUGAUCUCCUGGGCUUUCAUUAUGAGGUAUUGCCUAUUGACUCAUCCACCACCUCCCCUGAGGAUGGAGUCUACAUUCAUGGACUCUUCCUGGAUGGAGCACGAUGGGAUAAAAAAAGUGGCGUCUUAGCUGAACAGUUCCCCAAAGUCCUCUUUGAUUCAGUCCCCAUCAUUUGGAUAAAGCCAACGGAUAAGCGGGUUAUGACACAAGCAGAGAACAUCUUCGUGUGUCCUCUGUAUAAGACCAGUGAACGUAAGGGCACACUGUCCACCACAGGCCACUCCACUAACUUUGUCAUCUCCAUGAUGCUGCCCACCAGCAAGCGGCCCCAGCACUGGGUGAAGAGAGGUGUGGCCAUGCUCUGUCAGCUGCACAGUUAAUCCCACACCAGUUAACCUUUCACAUGCAUCUUACUGGACCUCAGAUAGGGUUAACUACUGUGCUGUUUAUGUUUGCAAAGACAACACCGCUGUAACAGCUCUGUAAGCUUUGUAUUAAAUUGUUCUCGUAAUAUAGUCAUGCAAUAACUGUGUCUUCAUUCUGAAAGACUAAACUGUUUUCUAUCUAUCUAUCUAUCUAUCUAUCUAUCUAUCUAUC